UUUAUGUUUAUAAAAUUGAGCAUAUGACAGUAAAUAGUACUUUUUAUGUUUUGGGAUUGUUUGAAAGGUCAUACUCAGGAUGUAAGAUGCGAUGCUAAACAGUCAUCUACCAACGGAUCGUCUUCUGCACAUUUCGCUUGUGAUGACUACUUGGACACAUUUUCCCUUACCAGAAAUGACCGAAAACAGUACUGGUCAAUGACCCUUGAUAGAGAUUAUUCAAUCUUCUGGAUAUUCCUAAGCAUUCGCUGCGGACAAUACGCCAUCCACAUACAGAAAGAAUUCCAUAAACCCCGAAUUUGUUCCCAAAUUGAAAGAACGUGCAAUACAACUACCCAAAGUGAAAUUGUAAAUUGCAACCUCGAUAACUAUGGACCUAUUGAAGGAAACAAAAUUAUUAUUUUUAAACUAGAUCAUGGCGCCCUGCAAAUUGAUGAAAUAAAACCAAUAAAAUUUGAAUCUUGGAAUAUCCCGCUAAAGAACCAUUCUGGUGGCGAUGAAGGCAAAAAGAUUUUAGACGGUGAUGUAGACACCUACUUUGUAAUUGAAGCACGGGACAAUGCAACAUGGUAUAUGAUGCUGAACAAUAGUUAUAAAAUUAAAUGGAUACUGCUUUCUAUCAGAGGAGGCGAAUACGAGAUGCACGUAUCUAAAACUCUGCGGCAUCUAAAUACGUCGACCCUGUGCAAAUUAUUGAAGCUUAAUAAUCCGGCAACAAAAUACCACAUUAUAGUAGAGUGUGAUAAAGAAUUUAAAGGGAACUCUAUUGUUAUUAGAAGAAUCGACGAAGGACCAUUGAGGCUGUUUGAAGUACAUCCUAUAAUUUGUCCUGUAAACCACUAUGGAAUAAACUGUGCUAAAUGUAGAAAAGCCUGUGCUUCCUGUAACCCUAUAUCUGGGAUAUGUAACCUAUGCAACGGAUCUUUGUAUGGGGAUUACUGUCAACAUCAGUGUCCUACAACGUGCCUAAAAACGUGUAACCAAAAAGCUGGACGUUGUCAAAGUUGUAGAGAGGGUUUUUACGGAAACUACUGUGAACUUCAAAUGUCCCCUGCAUAUAUCAAAACUGAGGAGUUCAUCAACAAUCCUGGAUGGGCUUCUUCUGAAGCAAUGGUUGUCUACAAAGGUACAUCGACAUAAUUUUAGCUACAAUAUAUUUCAUGAAUCGAGAUAAAGGUCCUAAUAUUUAUGGUGUUGAAGGCAUAAUUGAACUUGUUAGAAUUUCCCCACAGUCGAAUUCACUCGGAAGUGAGACUUUUCCCGGAAGUUUGAUUUAAGUGUUAGACUUCCUUCUUUAGACUCCGACCUUUAAAAUAUCUAGUGAUUACUAUAUAGCGGAUGGACCAAGUAUUAGGA